AGGCUGCAUGUCUUCGAAUAGGAAAUGAUGCAUGGCAAUGCAAACAUGUCACGCUCGUCGGUUGGCACACGUGCCACGUUAGGUAUGAAGAAAAUUUGAGAAAUACUCCAUCCAAAAACCCAAUAAAUGACGAACAAACAUUUAAUAAUUUAAACCAAGGAACCGUUGAGACAAUAGGCAUUAAAUGCAGUUAGUUCGCUGACUACUUUCAUAAAUUUCAGCAAAAACACCCAAAAAGUUCUCUUUCUUCCCAUUUUUCAGUGCCGCCAGAGGUUUCCAUUCACAUCUACACCCUUCUUUUUUCUUCUUCCUCUUCUUCUUGCUCAGGCUUUAAGUUAUUAUUAUUAGGUUAAAGGUAGCUGUCACCCUUUUCUUUUCCUUGGACUCAAAUGGCUAACGAUGCUGCUUUAAGGUCAGCUAUAGUAUGGAUAGCGGUGAUCAUAGCGUUAGUUGGAAUAUUCACGUUAUCUUUGAAGAAAAUGAUGAUAACUUAUGCGUUUGGGAUGGUUGGGAUUGCUGGCAUACUUUUGCCUGACUGGGAUUACUUCGAUCGUGACUUUUCUCGGUGGUGUUAUCCGGUUACUGCUGAAGAAAGAGCUGCUCUUCUCGCUCGAAGAUCUGGAUUCAAAAGGUAUAGGAUCUAUCCCAUGAGAGUGAUUAUUUACACCACAAUUUAUGGCUUUGGCCUGUACAAGUGGUGGACUUUCAUAUCAAGUUAAUCAAGGAACCCUUCAGAUGAUUUUUGUUUUUAGCUGAGUUUUUGGGAUAAUCAGUGUUUGCCAACUUCUUUGGGAUUGUUAAAUCUGCGCAUUUGGGAGUUGUUUCCGGGUUCAUAUAUGCGCAAUUGUGACUGCUGAAGAUAUGGCUCAAUUCUUCUCGUAAUUGUGCCACCAUAGAUACCUGGUUUUCAUUUUUUUUUUUUUCAUUACAGAAAAUAGACAAAAAAGAUGUGCAUGUCAGCAUGUGCCAUUUAGUGACAAAUUAUUUUCGAUUCUUUAGUCUUUGGGGAUUUCUCAAUGCAAGUUGGUGCCAAUCUCACUUGGGAAUGC